AUGCCCUGUGCAUUAUUCAAGCUUGGGUCGACGAUGCAGACUGGAUACAGGAGGCUUCCACGAUCGGAGAUGUCUACGUCAACUCCCAUAUUACUAUCGCAGCAACCACGUCUCGCAACUCGGAAGGCGGCCUGCUCCACGGAAGAAAUCCACUCUCGGUAUGGCCCUGUAGACUCACGGCGACAUGGAAGUGUUUUCAAGCUGGUGAAUUGA